UCAAAAUAUCACGUUCCGCUUGCUACUAAAGAAUGUGAUUCUCAGAACCGCUCCACAAACCAGCAAGCAUGUUGUUAGUCGACAAUGCAACGCAAUGGCUAGGCAAGAAGGCUGCGUCUACGUCAUCGCGUUCAUAAUCCUUGCGGGUGCCGCAUCAGGAGUUGUAGACACGACAGCGCUGGACGCCGACGCAAGCUGUCGACUAAAGCUUGAUGAUGGGCCCUGCAGGGCGUUGGUUCCCAGGUGGUUUAAUAACUUUACCACUGGGAAAUGUGAAGAAUUCGACUAUGGCGGCUGUGAUGGAAAUGCUAACAACUUUCACACCAAGCAAGAAUGCGAAGAUACGUGCAAGUUUGUACCCAAGAAGGCAUGCACCCUGGAACCCGAAGGAGGUCCCUGCAGAGCGAUGAUCAGGAGAUGGCAUUUCAAUGAGACAGACGGGAGGUGUAAGAAGUUUUACUAUGGAGGGUGUAGCGGGAAUGAUAACAAUUUCGAAACGAGACGAGAGUGUGAGGACUCCUGCCGUCGCACGAAACAACUGAAGGUCAACAACUACACUAACAUCAUCUACAAGAUGGACUGUGAGCCUCAACCAUACAAAGGCAACUGCACGUAUGGUUCAAAGCGUUUCUUCUACAACGCAAGCAAAGAGGCAUGUCAGGAUUUAGAGAAUGGCACCUGCGCUACAGGGACAAACAAAUAUGCUCAAAAAUCGAAAUGCUGGAUAGCUUGCUUUGGACAUCCUGGUUCGAACAUCACAGAACAGAAGUUCUCCAAGCACAAUUACUACGAGGGUGAGACAGACAAGCGGAAACCGGCAUUAAAAAAGAAACAAUACUGACAUGGCAUGGAGGCUGACAUCACGAGGCGUUCUUAUGCGAAUUCACUUGAUGGUACGAUUAAAUAUUGUUCAG